AUGGAAGUACAAGAUGUGUAUUAUACCCUGGUGGAACGAGACCCGGGUGAACAUGAAACAGUGUACGAAGUUACUGUAGAAAUUUUGAACAAUCACUUUACACCGCAAGUAAAUAACUCUUUUCAAAGGAACCAAUUCCGGGCAAUGGAACAAAAACCCCAAGAAACAAUUGAACAAUAUAUAACCAGGUUACGACAAAAGGUAAUUUAUUGCAAUUUUGGUAAUGUAGACGAAGCUAUUUGCGACCAAGUAAUAGACAAAUGUAGUUCAAAGAGAUUGAGAAGAAAAUUAUUAGAAAGGCACAAUGUUACCUUACAUCAAUUGCGUGAAACGGCACAGGCAAUGGAAGCUGCAGAGAAACAGGCAACGAUAGAACAACCAAUUGAAUCUGUCAACAAAGUUUCAACUUAUGCAAAUGAUACAUGCAGUGAACCAGAUUACGAUAACGAAGAUGAUGAUUAUGCAUUUACAGUACAUGGGAAUCAAGGCAAAGUCAGCAAAUUUACAGUUAAUGUUGGAGGUAUAGAUGUUCCUGUGGUGAUUGAUUCUGGUGCAACUGUAAACAUUAUAGAUAGGACACUUUGGGAACACUUAAAGAAGAAUAAGAUUAAGUGUGAGUCUAAGACAUCGUCUAAGAAUUUGUACGCUUAUGGUAGUAAUAAGCCACUUACUAUAGCAGUCAGUUUUAAUACAAAUGUUUGUGUGAACGACCGCUGUGUUUCAGCUGAUUUUUUCGUGAUUGAGGAAGACGGCCAGGCAUUACUUGGACAUAAGACGUCAAUAGAACUUGGUGUAUUGAAAAUAGAGACAAAUGUUAACACAGUGACUGAUAAUGUGGUGAAAACUAACUAUACAAGUAAAUUUCCAAAGGUAUUUUCAGGUGUGGGAAAAUUAGUAAACUUUCAAUUGAAAAUUCCUAUAGACAAAAGGAUUCAACCUGUAAUUCAGCCAUUACGUCGUAUCCCGUAUCAUUUGCGAGGAAAGUUAGAAGAAAAACUGAAUGAACUUGUAGAACAGGACAUUAUUGAAGCUGUUAAUGGGCCAAGUCAGUGGACAUCGCCAAUUGUGGUUGUACCAAAGAAAAAUGGUGAUAUACGCAUAUGUGUUGACAUGAGGCGCGCAAAUUUAGCAGUUAUGCGUGAAAGAUAUCCAAUUCCAACUGUAGAUGAGGUAAUUCAAGAUUUGAAUCAAAGUAAAGUCUUCUCAAAGUUAGAUAUUAAACUUGCGUACCAUCAAAUUGAACUGACACCAGAGUUCAGACAGAUAACUUGCUUCAUGACACAUAAAGGAAUAUUCCGAUAUAAAAGGCUCAUGUUUGGAAUAAACUCCGCCCCAGAGAUGUAUAACAAAGUAAUGAGUCAGGUAUUUCAAGGACUUGAUGGAGUAAGAAACAUUUUUGAUGAUGUUGUUGUGUAUGGCUCUACAUCUAAUGAGCAUAAUGAGAGACUCGAUGCUGUUCUUCAAAGAUUAGAGGAAAGAGGACUGACACUUAAUAUUGACAAGUGUAAAUUCAACAUGGCAAACAUUGAGUUUAUGGGUCACAUGUUAUCAGAACAUGGGAUUGGUGUGUCUCAGUCUAAAGUUGAAGCAAUUGUAAAUGCUAGAAGGCCAGAAUCAGUUUCUGAGAUCAGGAGUUUUCUAGGGUUAGUUAAUUGUUGGUCGUUUCAUACCAAAUCUAGCAACUGUAGCAGAACCACUACACCGCUUGCUCCACAAAGAGACAAAAUUUCAAUGGGGACCAGAACAAAAUGA